AUGCGCAGUUGAUGUCUGUAUUCGGCCGGUGCAGAGGAACGGUGGUAAGCUGUGUUGACAAUGUUUUAAUCUAAACCUUUCUCCGUCAGAAAUGUGACAGCAUUGGCCUGGUGAUCAGAGACUGCUCUUAACCUGAAUGAGUCAUGGCCCAAUUCGGGGGACAAAAGAAUCCACCGUGGGCGACUCAAUUUGCUGCCACAGCGGUGUCCCAACCAGGCCACUCAGGACAGUCUCUUGACCUCAACAGCCUGCACUCUCUUGGAGUGCAGCAGCCGUCUCUUCUGGGAGCAUCUCCCUCUGUUUACUCCCAACAGUCAGCCUUGGCGGCAGCCUCUCUUAGCAGCCAAUCUGCUGCAAACUAUCAGCUGUCUCAGCAAACUGCUGCUCUGCAGCAGCAAGCUGCAGCAGCUGCUGCUGCUGCAGCACUACAGCAGUCCCAGAUCAAUACUGCACUCCAGCAGUAUCAACAGCAGCAACAGCAGCAACAACAACAGCAACAACAGCAGCAACAGCAACAACCACCCCAGCAACCCCCUCAACAGCAACUGUACAAUGUACCUCAUCAGCUUCCACAGCCUCAACAGGCACUGCUUUCUCAGCCCCCUGUCGCCUUGCCCACCAGCCUGAGUCUGUCCAACCCUCAGCAAACAGCGCAGAUUACUGUGUCCUACCCAACACCACGUUCAAGCCACCAACAACAGACGCAGCCACAGAAGCAGAGAGUCUUCACUGGCGUCGUCAACAAGCUGCAUGACACUUUUGGCUUUGUAGAUGAAGAUGUCUUCUUUCAGUUAAGUGCUGUGAAAGGGAAGACUCCCCAGGUGGGUGACAGAGUCCUAGUGGAAGCUGUGUACAACCCGAAUAUGCCCUUCAAGUGGAACGCCCAGCGCAUCCAGACCUUACCUCAGCUAGCAAAUCAAUCGCAUCAGCAGCAGCCUCAGCCUUUACCUCAAGCUUCCCCACAGCUUGGCAGCCUUUACAAUGAGCCAGGGAUGCAGCUGCGCUACUCAGACAUGCACUCCACUCCGGACAACAGACAAAAUAACCAGCCUCAACCUCCCAACAUGAUGAAGGCAGGUCCCACCAUGCUGCAGUCGCUACCUCCCCCAACCACUUUCAGUGUGCCGUCCCAGGCUCCACCUCCUUCCCUCCUGCAGGCCCAGCUAUCUGCUGCCUCUCUGGCUCCUCUCCUCCAAAACCCUCCUCAGCCUCUGCUCCCACAGCCUCCACCCAAAGAUGUGUUUCCUGGUGGUCUGCUUCAGCCCCCCGUAAGAAUGAUGCCACAGCCACAGCCUGUCCGGCGAAUUGAGCCUCCACCUCGUUUCCCCACUCGCAAUGAUCGAGGCCCAGAGCUCAUCCUCAGGUCUAAAGAAGAACGCAGCAGAGACAGGGACCGUGAGCGCAGGCGAUCAAGAGAACGCUCGCCCACACGCAAACGCUCCAGAGACCGCUCACCAAGACGAGAUCGUUCUCCAAGACGACCUCGCAGGGUGGUUCCUCGCUACACCGUCCAGUUUUCUAAGUUCAGCUUAGACGGCUCCAGCUGUGACAUGAUGGAGCUGAGAAGGCGGUAUCAGAGCCUCUACAUUCCUAGUGACUUCUUUGAUGCUGUCUUCACCUGGGUGGAUGCCUUUCCUCUUACACGUCCCUUUCAGCUUAAUAACGCCUGUAACUUUCACAUCUUGCACAAAGAAGUGGAUCCUCUAGUCAAGAACACGGCUGUUCUGGACCCUCCUGAUGCCAACCACACCUACAGUGCUAAGGUGAUGCUGCUGGCUAACCCCAGCAUAGAGGAGCUCUAUCACAAGUCCUGUGCUCUGGCAGAGGACUCCCAAGAAGUCAGAGACUCCUUCCAACAUCCUGCUAGACUCAUUAAGUUUUUGGUGGGCAUGAGAGGUAAAGAUGAGGCCAUGGCCAUUGGUGGUCACUGGUCUCCCUCUCUGGAUGGAGCUGACCCAGAGAAGGAUCCCUCAGUCCUUAUUAAGACAGCCAUACGCUGUUGCAAGGCACUCACAGGCAUAGACCUUAGUCUGUGCACUCAGUGGUAUCGUUUUGCAGAGAUUCGCUAUCAUCGGCCGGAGGAGACACACAAGGGGCGGACAGUCCCUGCUCAUGUGGAGACAGUGGUUUUGUUUCUUCCGGAUGUUUGGCAUUGUCUUCCUACCCGCUCAGAGUGGGAGGUGCUGUCACGGCGACUCCGGGAGCAGCUGGCUGAGAAGCUGUCGGCCGAGCGAAAGGAGGCGGAUGGAGAACAGGAGGAAGAGGAGAAGGAUGACGAUGAAUCAAAGGACGUCAGUACUCCCACUCACUGGGCUAAACUUGACCCGAAAUCAAUGAAGGUAAAUGACCUGCGCAAGGAGCUUGAUUGUCGCUCUCUCAGCUCAAAGGGGUUAAAAUCACAGCUAAUAGCACGUCUCACCAAGCAGCUGAAAGUGGAGGAGCAGGUGGAGGAGUCCAAGGAGCCUGAGAAACCAGAGUGCAAAAUUGCAGAGGAAGAGGAACCAUCUCGCCCUGAAGAUGACAGAGAGGAGGAGGAACGGAAGAGGCAGGAGGAGCUUGAGCGUCAGCGGAGAGAAAGACGCUACAUCCUCCCUGAUGAGCCCACCAUCAUCGUACAUCCCAACUGGGCAGCCAAGAACGGCAAAUUUGACUGCAGUGUCAUGUCCCUGAGUGUGCUGUUGGACUACAGACUGGAAGACAACAAGGAGCACUCUUUUGAGGUUUCUCUGUUUGCUGAGCUCUUCAACGAGAUGCUACAGAGAGAUUUUGGCUACCGCAUAUAUAAAGCCCUCGCUGCUCUUCCUACCAAGGAGGAGAAGAAAGAGAAGAAAGCCAAAAAAGAGGCAGAAAAGAAGGAGGCUGAAAAGCGGGAAAUUAAGAAGGAAAAAGAAGACGAGAAUGAAGAGCCAGCAGUAAAGAAGACCAAAGAGGAUGAUGAGGAGAAGAGGAAGUUCGAUGAAAAAGUUGUGAAAAAGGAAGAGUCACGAGAUGAGGAGGAGAAUGAAGAUGAUAGCAGCAUGACCAAUAAUGAAGAAUAUGAUCCCAUGGAGGCUGAAGAUGCAGAUGAUGACGAGGAUGAUGACAAAGAUGAUGAAGACUCCAACGAUAGAGACAGGAAAGACCACAAGGAUGACCGCAAGUCAUCAAAGGAGAGAUCUUCUAAAGACAAAGAGAAGAAGCAGAUGGUCACGCACAACAAGGAGCUGCUGAUGGCAUUUGUCUACUUUGACCAGAGCCACUGUGGCUAUUUGCUGGAGAGAGAUCUGGAGGAGAUCUUGUACACAUUAGGGCUGCAUCUUUCUCGUGCUCAGAUAAAGAAGCUUUUGAACAAACCGGUUGUCAGAGAGUCUUGUUACUACCGAAAACUGACAGAUAGGGGAAAGGAUGAGCCUCUUCCUUCCUUUAAUGAAGCCCUGAUAGAAAACCUCAUAGGCAAUCGAGGAUUACUUCCUGCUCCGAAAGCUCGGGCUCAGGCAGAGGCCAGUGAGUCUGGUAAUCUGAUCGUGUAUAACGGAGCUAUGGUCGACAUCGGCAGCAUGAUGCAGAAACUGGAGAAGAGUGAGAAAGCGAGAGAGGAGAUAGAACAGAAGCUCAUGCUGCAAGAUGCCAAAAUGGAUGAAGAUGCAAAAGUUAAAGCUCAGCUGGAACAAGCCAAUAAAGCUUUGUCCAGAGAGCUGGAGGAGGUGAAAAGUACUCUGAGCCAAACUGAGCAGACUCUGAAGGCCGCAGACGAGCAGAAGACCAUCUAUCACGAGCAGAUGAGCAGGUCGGCCAGCUCGUUGAUGUCGACCGUCAAAGGGCUGCUGGCAGUGCUGAAGAAGGAUCAAGAAGUAGACGAGUCUGGGGAUGAUGUCACAGGUGAUCACAUUCAGACAUCUCAGACAAACGGCGCUGAUGAAUGACACCUUUCAAAUCAAUGAAGCUAAUCUGUAAUACUGAUAAUCUUAAACUGUAAAUACUUACUAAACUGGUGUAAUUGACAUGUUUUAUUUGAACCUGUUGUCUCCCAACUACAUGUAUAAUUUAAUUCGUGAAUUGGUUCCCUUGUGUUCAUUUGACCUCCUUGUUGUUUUUGAGGAGUGACUUUUCUUACUUAAUUUUAACAGUGACAAAGCUUUGAAGUGCUUAUUUUCAAAGUAAAUUAAGUUCAGUUGCUAACAUUUUUUUUUGCCAUCGCUUUAGCUUUGUUAUGGCCAAUAAUGUGCCACAUUGUAGAUUUUAAUGCCAGUAUGUUUGAGGUAUACUUGAGUUGAUUUUGUUUUUCUAAUGAGCAAUAAUGAUGCUAUUUAUGUGUGAGAGAAGUCAUAAACUAUAUUUAAAAGGAACUAAUUUUGGAUGGAAAAAGAUGGGAGGAUUUUCAUAUGGUUCAGGCAGAAUGUCUUCAUAAAUCGUCAACACAACGUUCAGUUUGUAUUUCUUCUAUUCGGCUGGUUUGACAGGUUUCUGAGGUUUUGUUUUUGUCUUUUUCGAACACAUGGCUAUGCAUGGUUCCUGCCUCUCUCUGACCUUUUUUUUCUGUCUGCACCUCCUGACUGUAUCCACCAACGGCUGCGCUGCCAGUUACAGUGUUUCAUGUUUUACUGUGACCAGCGUUUGUCUUGUUUUCCAAAAAGGAAAAUACACACGAACCAAAAGUUAAGCUCAAUGAAUGUGUGUUCUGCUGAAGGAAUGAACAUUUUGAGAUCCAUCUCUGAACUGUGUGAGUUGGUUUGGGUUGUUCUAAAGAAAAAAAAAGAGGCACAAUUACCUGAAAGUGUGCUCCAAAGCAGGCAAUUUUAUUUUUCUAUUGAAAAUGUACUCUAUUGAUGUGUUGUGCAAGAUUAAAGUGGUCCAUUUUAACACAA